UGGCUCCUACUAUGAGAUUCUGCAAGUGGACUUCGGCGUUGACAACAGCAGUGGCCUGGCUGGGGCCCAGCAAAUCACCUGGCAGGUGGAAUACCCCGUGGAAGACUCCAUGAGCGAGCUCUUUGUCUCUGAGAUCUUCAUCAGCCAGACGACCUUUGUGGGCAUCGUCCCUCUCGCCAUGGACACAGAAGUUUUGAACACCGCCAUUCUCACAGGAAAGCCUGUCUCGGUUCCUGUCAAGGUCGUGGGGGUUCAAGAAGAUGGAUCUGUAGUGGACGUGUUGGAGGCUGUGGAAUGCAGGUCGGCUGAUGAAGAUGUUGUGAAGGUCUCCAACACCUGUGAUUCUAUCUUUGUGAAUGGGAAGGAGAUGAAGAGCAAAGUGGGCACCAUUGUGAACUUCACCCACCAGCACUUCACCUCCCAGGUGGAGAUCACCGUCUGGGUGCCCCGCCUGCCGCUGCAGAUAGAGAUCUCAGACACGGAGCUGAGCCAGAUCAAGGGCUGGAGGAUCCCGGUGGCCGCCAACAGGAGGCCCACCCGGGAGAGUGAUGAUGAGGAAGAUGAGGAGAAGAAGGGGCGAGGAUGCACUCUGCAGUACCAGCAUGCCCUGGUGCGAGUUCUCACUCAGUUUGUAACUGAGUCACCUGACCUGGGUCAGCUGACCUACAUGCUGGGCCCCGACUGGCAGUUUGACAUCACCGACCUUGUGACUGAGUUUGUGAAGGUAGAGGAACCGAAAAUUGCUGAGUUACAGGAUGGCAGGAUCCUGGCAGGGCGGGAGCCAGGCAUCACUACUGUGCAGGUCCUUUCGCCUCUCUCUGACUCCAUCCUGGCUGAGAAGACAGUUAUUGUCCUGGAUGACCGUGUCACCAUCACAGAGCUGGGUGUGCAACUGGUGGCUGGCCUGUCCCUUUCCCUGCAGCCUCACAAGGCAGACAAGAGGGCCAUCGUCUCUACAGUGGCUGCUCAGGAUGUGUUCCAAGCCCCACAGCAGGAGGCCAUCGUCAGUUCCUGGAUUUUGUUCAGUGAUGGCUCAGUGACGCCUUUAGACAUUUACGAUCCCAAGGAUUUCUCAGUGACCGUUUCCUCCUUAGACGAAAUGGUGGUAUCCGUCCAGCCAAACCUUCAGACCAGAUGGCCAGUCAUCGUUGCUGAGGGCGAAGGACAGGGUCCCCUGAUCAAGCUAGAAAUGUCAAUCAGUGAAUCUUGUCAGAAGAACAAGAGGAAGAGUACUCUCGCUGUGGGUAAAGGAAACGUCAAGGUCAGAUUUGAACCUGGGAUGCACGAACACCAAGGAGGUGGCAAUGAUAUCGAAGGUGUAAACCGGGAAUACAAAGGCCACCUCAGCAAUUCCAUAGAGCGCGAGGGAAGCCAGGAACGAGCAGCCCAGGAGUGGUUCCAACAUGGCGCACCAGUUGGCCACGAGGACAGGACCAACAAAAGCACAACCCAACAGUCUCCUAUGGGAGGAAAGCUACUCAAAGGUGGAGCAGAUGCCUUCACAAGCUUCCCCACUCAAGGGAAGUUACCAGAAUCCAAUAACCCUGGUGACCUCACGAUGACCUCCAGGGGGUUAACAGAUUUGGAGAUUGGCAUGUACGCCCUGCUCUGUGUCUUCUGUCUGGCCAUCUUGGUCUUCCUGAUCAACUGCGUGGCCUUUGCUUGGAAGUAUAGACACAAAAGGUUUGCAGUAAGUGAGCAGGGCAACAUCCCCCAUUCCCAUGACUGGGUCUGGCUUGGGAAUGAGGUAGAACUUCUGGAGAACCCUGUGGACAUCACUCUCCCCUCGGAGGAGUGCACAACCAUGAUUGACAGGGGUCUGCAGUUCGAGGAGAGGAACUUCCUGCUGAAUGGCAAUUCCCAGAAGACUUUUCACAGUCAGCUGCUUAGGCCUCCUGACUAUGUGUAUGAGAAAGAGCUGAAAAAUGAACCUAUGGGUUCCUCCGGCCCAAAGAGGAAGAGAGUCAAGUUUACUUCCUACACCACCAUCCUCCCUGAGGAUGGGGGCCCGUACACCAACUCCAUCCUGUUUGACAGCGAUGACAGUAUCAAGUGGGUCUGCCAGGAUAUGGGGCUGGGGGACUCACAGGACUUCAGAGACUAUAUGGAAAGACUACAGGACCAGAUGUAAAGUCCUUUCUUAAGUUCGUA